AUGGUAUUGCCGUUCGGCAAGUUAGGUGAUGCUGAUUGUAGGGGUGCCAAAGGGCACUGCCGAAGGUCACUGCCGAAGGGCACUAAAAAGGGGAGAGUGACAGAAGCUCUUUGUGUCGAUUCCCACAGACGGAGCCAAACUGUUGACGCUCAAAAAUGGUUCGGCACUUUUGAGGCCAACUUAGUGAUGAGGUGUGAUGGAUGA